UCUCAAAGUUACUUUUAGUUUCAGGCACAGAUAAUUAUAAGAAGCCGUUACAGUGAAUAAUGAUUAAAUCCGUAAUUUCAAUUGCUCAAGUAACAGGUGAAGUUGAAUUUGAUACUGUUCAAGAAUUGAGUGCUGCACCGUAAACUACCGUCCUCUGUUGGAUUUUUUAAAAACUAGAAUCAGAAACCAGUAGAAGUUCCGAUCUGGCAACGUACGUUUGGCCACGAGUAGCACACCUCUAAUCCGACGCGGGCUUGCCGCCCCUGUGACGUUUCAUCGCCGCAACACGCCGAAAUGACGUCAACAUCACGGAGCGUGGUCCUCGUAAUCAGCCGGUGUUCACGUGAACAUCACGACGUCGAUCACGCUGUCUGUGCAUGGCAUGUCUCUCGCUAUUCGUCAAAACAGACGAGCCCGCGUCUGCGAUUGGCUUGAUUCAGAUACACACCCCGACAAUACAUGCCACGGAAGAACAACAACAACGGGUUUCAAAAUAAAGGAGCCACUUUUGAUCGUUUGUUCCCAGCGAAGAGGAGUGAUUAAUUGUAAAGUGUUUAAGAUUUUUAAUAUUUGUGUUCGUUUAAGUUUUUGUUAUUGCGGACAUGGAUAUAAAAGAAGUAGGAAGUUUGGUCCUUUCACCACCCAGCACGCCACCCUUAAAAAUCGCCGGAUCCGACGACGAACAACAACAGUCGGCACUAUAUCAAUUGCGUCAGUUUUUGGGUCAGAAAAGGACCUCCUCGACCGCAUUUCCGCCCACUCCGCAGCCAUCAGAUUCCGAAGAGGAACACGACUUUCCUUUGAAGAAACGUCACAUCAGGAACGACCAUGAGUUUUUAAGGGUCUUUAAAAAUCCCGUUAGUGUCCCCCACCCAACCGCCACCCCGCCGCCCGAAAUUCCAGAAUUUCGAUUUAUCGUUACUCCGCCAACUCCCGAGCCACCACCGAAACUGCAAAGAACCGUUUCCGUUAUCAUGAAAGCCAACUGCGACGGUUCUUGCACUUCAUUGCCGAUUCCCGACUUGGUGGAAGAAAAUGUUGUUAAAACGAUCAAGUUUAAAAUGGGAAAUAGGAAGGAGCAGGUAGUUUUAAGCGAGAAAGUCACCAAUAGGGAAAAAGUUUCCCACAAACAGGUGAAAUUAGCGGUUCCUAUUCUCCCAGCAAUCGCCCCGAAACUCGUCGCUUCAUCCCAACCCCAAACAUUUUUCAUCAGCUCUGUCGGAGCGAUGGUUCCCACGCAGUUAGUCCUGGUAUCUCCUCCGAGACAACCGCAAAGGAAGCGAAUCUACGAAUGCACGUACGCAGGCUGCGGGAAAAAUUACUUCAAGUCGUCCCACUUGACGGCUCACAAUCGUACCCAUACGGGCGAGAAACCCUUCGUCUGCCAGUGGACGGACUGCGAGAGGAAGUUCUCACGAUCCGACGAAUUGAGCAGGCACAAGAGGACGCACACGGGCGAGAAAAAAUUUCAAUGCGAGGUAUGCCAAAGAAGGUUUAUGCGGUCUGACCAUUUAGCGAAACAUGUCAAGAGGCACUCCAAAGAAAAAUUCGUUCCCGUGUUGAGGAGACUGGAACCAGUUCCGAUAACUACCGCAACAGGACUUUAAACAGUUAGCUCGUUUGGACCUGUUUUAUGCUUGGCCGUUAUGAGCAUUGUGCAGGUCCUCAAAAGGGAUUUUGGAUUCGCCUUAAACUUGCGAAAUGAAAUGUUCAGCUAUGUUACUAUAUUUGACUGAUUUUUGUUAUUCUCUAGUGUAGCUUGAAAAAAAAAACAAACUUUUUUAUUUCGACAUUCCCAUGAAUGCGGAUUUGUUUAGUGUUGUUUAAAGAAGUUAAGGAUAUUACGAUCUGUGAUUUACAAUAGGAAUUUCUGUUAUUUAUUUAAAAUUUGUAUUUUCUCAC